AUGCUUUCGUGGCUAAUCCGUAAGCUCUUCUAACCAGUUCGCAAAGUCUCGGGAUUUUUUUGCAAAUCGCGGCAGCCCCUGAAAAGCUCAAGCUAAAAAUGUUACAAUAUUUGGUUGAAAAUCUUUGUUUCUUUCUCAGAAAUUUUUACUUUGCUAAGCGAGGCUUUAGUGAGUCGAGAAUACAUUUUUGAGGUCAAAGCGAAAUAUUUUCACUUUUCCGUUCAUGAAGUCGCUGAAGUGAUUUUUUGAAGGUUGCAGAAUGCAAAAAAAGUCAGAGUUCGAGCGACAUCGCAACGACCCAAAAAGGUCUAUUGCACGGUGCGAAAAGCAAAAAUUGCACAGCGCAGAGGGAACUUCUCUCUUCGCGCAGUGCAUGUCCCAGACAUGACUCCAGCGACUUUGCGGACGGACCAUUAGCAUUUUCACAAAGUACCUGGACAUUUGUCGCGGCGCUCACUGCGCACAAAAGCCCCCCAUUUUUUGCACCGUGCAUUAAACUUUUCGUCAGCAAUUUUUCUUGCAAGGAAUAUCAUGCUUAGGCUUAGCCUCAGGCUUAGGCAGGUUAAGCUGUUUUUAUUCGCAGUCUGCAGGGAAGCCAGGGCGCAGGCGGGGCCAGAAAAAGGAAGUUUUUCGGAAAAAUUCAAAAUGCACUGUGCGAAAGCGAAAAAAUAGCACUUUGUGAAAAUGCUAAUAUCGGUCUGUCGGGAAAAAACGGCGGAUCGUCGCGCCUCGGAAUCGCCCAUCAUCGCUUUGCGACUGCAAGCGGCGGCUUGGGAUUUGGUGCGCGACAGCGGCGAGGCGAGACAUUUUGAUGCGACGAUCCGCCGUUAUUUUUCCGACAGACUGAUAUUAGUCUCAAGAAAAGUUUUAAACUUGAUUUUUUCAAUUUCAGAAGCAACAGACUCCCUGAAUCCGGCGGUUUUCUGGAUUCUGGGCCUACAAAUUGGUCUCCAGCUGGCGCUGAUUUGUUGUUUGAAGAGGUCCGGAGAGAUGAAACAUGGGUCCGAUCACUAUUCAAACGGCACACAGUCAUCGGAAGUGAAGCCUGUAAGCCUGUGUUUUCUCUGUUUUUGGUGUCAAAACUUUUUUUUGAGGCUUCGGAUACAAUUUUUUUCGAGCUGCGCCCUAGUUUAGGUUGAAAUUGGAUUAAUAAAGUUUUUUAUGUGUUGUAGAACGUCUGAAACUUACUUUUACACCGUUUUAAAUUCAUUUUUUUCAAAAACAAUUUUUUUUCAGACCCUCGAAACAAAAACGUCCACAGGCACUUCGGGCAGUGAGCAACCGAAAGCAACACAACCGUCUUCGGAUAGCGUCGAACCGAGGCGACGGUCCGCGCAAGGACCGAGCAAAAUUCAACGGAGAAGUUCGAAGAGGGGCGUGAAACAGAUGAUAAUCGAAAAGAGCUUGAGGAAGAAGAAUAUCAUUACCAACAAGGCGCCGGCACCGAAAAAUCGGUUAGUUUUUGGGGGUGAUUUGGGUGCUGUGACAUGGGAUUAGCAUUUUAAUAAAGUCUACGGACUUUUGUCGCACCCCGCACCAUGCCAAAAAUUUUGCGAGUUCUUGCACCGUGCAUUUUAUAUUUUCUUGGAGUUUGCACUGUGCAUUUGAAACAUCGCUGCGACGUAAACUUUUUUCAGCUGCGCCGCUGCGGUUUUUGCUCACAAGGAAAGUACUUCUAUGGGGUAUGGAGUUACAGGUCGAGUCAUAUAUCAAAAAAUUCGCAAAAUUUUUCUGGUUCAGAAUAUGUAAAAAUUAGCUGCCUAAUUUUGGUUUCUUAAGGUGGGCAUUUGCGUGGUGUUUCAAAAAAAGUUCCGAGGGUUUUUACACCCUUACAGGGUGAUUCAAAAAAAAUGGACACUUUUCUUUCUUCGAUUUUUCUUGGCUUUGAAUGUUUCUGGUAAAAAGGUACACAUGGCAUAAAACUACUACGUUAUGUGUACAUAUUCAUUGCAAAAAUUGUUCACUAGCUGCAAAAGUUGCCGAGACAUGGUUGCUUAAAAAUUGCCGGGCCAGCGCACCCGUUCCCGCGGCGAAAUUUACAAAGUUUUCGCUCAUAAAUAUCUGAAAGGUGUAACAGAGACGUUCUGAUCGGUCUGAGCGAAACAUAGACGCCUAUUCUCUAGGACCUUUUAAGGAUUUAAUCCAGGUCUUCCAGACAAUGAAAAACCAGAGGCCAAAAAUUAGACAACUAGCGAGGGAAAAUCAACGCUCAUUUGGGCGCUUUUUGAAAAACUUAGCUCUGCCAAACGUGGUAAAAGUUUUAGAACCAAUUCCAUUUAUACCACGUUUACUGCUCUAUUGUGACUAUAUUAAACGCCUUUUUAACAAUCGUACCUCAAUUAGCAAAACUGCAAACAAAAUUCUGACUUUUUUUGACUUUUGAUGGGUUAUCGCAAUGGUACGCGGAUUCUGAAGGCUAGGUUUGUUCAAAUUAACGGAGAUUAAUUUAAAAUUGAAGAACGGACUUAUAUGACUAUCGUAUAAAUGCAGCCUGUCGUAGUUGUCCGGCUUGUUGAAGAACGCCAACAAAAAAGUAAAAUUUUUCUGGUCAAAAAAUAUCAGCGUCUCUGGGUAUAGCCGGCUAAACUUUUAUAAGCACAGUACAUGGCUAAUGCAAGCUACAAUCAAAUCAACUGCUGACCCAUGUAAAGCAAUGUUAGAUGUCUUACAGGAAUCACUUUUCGCCGUUAUUAGCACAAGCCAGGCCGCCCUGCUAAGUUUUGAAUCCCGAUCAUCCCAAAAAUCCAGAACUAUGUGGAUGGGUCUCUUAUGGAUCACGUUGGGAAUUGCUGGAGCGUUAUUAAUAUAAUAAUACCAGCGUUUUCCCUUCUCUAGAUUCCCCUUAGUAUCGUAAUAAACAUUCAACACGCAGUUUUUAGCUGGCUGUAAGAAUUCAGGCCGUUAAAGUUUUUUGGACCUACAAAAUUCUUGGAAAAUGUGGUCAGAAUAUGGGCUGACCUAGUAUUUUGCCUCGUACACGCCGUUCAGCAAAAAUAUUUCAAAAAUUGAAACGGGUGUCAUGAAGCAGGAUCGUUGACAAUUAUAAAACUAUUUUUCUUUCCACCGACUGCGGUAUUCGUGGUGGGAUAAACCGACUUCAAAAUUUGUCCAUUUUUUUUGAAUCACCCUGUACAAACCUAAAUUAGGCAGCUAAUUUUUACAUAUUUUGAAUCAGAAAAAUUUUGCGAAUUUUUUGAUAUUACGCUUUUUCAAAAGUGCAGACACACCUUUUUUGCAACCGCACCGUGCAUGUUGCGCGACGCGGUCGUUUACGAAACAUUUCGCACUGUGCAAUUUCUUUUUGCACGCCCAAAAUUCGCGGCGACUCAGUUGAGAAAAGCUUGAGUCGCAGCGAUAUCCGAUUGCACAGUGCAAAAGGUCAAAUGCACCCCGCAAAACGGAGGUUUGUGCACGGUGCGGCCCACGACAAAAUGUGUCUGCACUUUUGAAAAAGCGUAAUAUGUAUAUGACUCGACCUGUAACUCCAUACCCCAUAGAAGUACUUUCCUUGUCAAAAAUUUGCACAGUGCAAGCGGCCUUUUGUGAGCGUUGCACUGUGCGAAAAGAGCAAAUGCACUGUGCGUUUGCGACAAGUGGGGGGAGAAAAUUCAAAAUGCACUGUGCACACGGAGGGAAUUGCCUUGCAUUGCACUGUGCAUUUCAUCUUUUUUUGGGUUGCACUGUGCGGCGGAAAAAAUUUUUUUGCCCCUGGAAUCUGCUUUUUUUGUCGCGCCUAGAGGUGGCAAUCGGGCUGGGCCGCGACUUUCGGCCCAGCCCGGCUCGGAAGGUGGAAAAGUAAAAAUUUUUUAUACAUAUUAAACUAGCAAAAUAAAGCACAAAUGCUUUGCAGAAUUGAUGGAUGGAUAUUAAAUUAAACCUUUUUGACCUAUAUGCUGUUUUACUACCUUUUAAAAUUCCUUAAAAUCCCUGAUUACGUAUAUGUAAAAUGCCAUCUAAAUAUGCAAGGGUCGGGCGAAAAUCUUCGAAUUUUUGAUGAUAAACUUAAACAUUUCACUGUAAUUUGAUGACUUGAUGUAAACGAAAGUGUUUAAGACGUUUUUGAUUAAACAUGUUGCCUUAUAACGUCCAUAUUUUUACAUAGCUAACUUCCUAAAAUCGACACAAUCAAACUUUUUGGCUAGGUUUUAGGUCCCUGCUCGGCUGUCCUAGUCAUCCGACCAGACGUUUUAAUUUUACUUAUACACACUUAUAAACCUUCUGGAAAGCAUAAAAACUUCCAAUAGAAAAUGCAAAGACUUUCAUCCAACCUUUUUGUAUUAGCGGGCCAAACAGGGCCGGGCCGGGCCGGCCUGGGUUUUCACCGGGCCGGGCCGGGCCUAAGCAAAUUUGAAAAAGCCCAGGGCCGGCCUGGUCACUUCGGCCGGCGGGCCGGGCCGCAGAAAUCGGCCCGGCCCGGCCCGAUUGCCACCUCUAGUCGCGCCCCGCAUCGUGCACAAAAAACUCCUCUUGUGCCAAAAAUGCUGCGUAGGUUAAAUUGGCCCUUCAAAUUCCAGGUUUUGUAACAUUUUUUUAUUUAUUUCUUUAUUUCUUGGCAUUUUACAGGGUGACAAAGAAAAAAUGCAACUCAUAUUUAUGGCCAUAUUUUGUCUAAAACACCAAACUUAACCAAAGUAACGGUGAAUAUCAGUAACAUAGAGCAUUGUUAAUAGUAUGCUCGGCCAGUUUUAAGGUGGCUGUUCUUCGCCCCGAGAUAGAGCUCAAAACGUGACUUUAAAUUUUGGCCGAUUCGCCGAAGCUUUUUUUGGGGAAAUCGGUCCCGUUCUUACAGUAACGAUCAAUUAGCGACUCCAAACUUUUUUGGCGUGAACUAGAGGUCCUGACUUCUAACUAAACAAAAAACAUAAUCCACCGGAUUCAGAUCCAGCGAGUAGGCGGUCAUUUUGCAGACCACAUAAAAUCGGGAAAACAGGUCCUUUCCUGGCCUUGCGUCUUUUUUGCUUUAUGGAUGAUGGCGGAAUCCUGCUACGGUGUCUGUUUUGAACCGCCAAAGUGCUACUGAGCCCACGGAAUCACGAUGGUGUACAAAAUGUCGCUGGUAGACUUGUCGGUUUGGUUCUGACCCCUUUAUCCAAGAAAACCAAGGAAAACCAAGGAUAUCACGCCGCUGGCGCAAGACUUUGCCCCAGGCCAUGAGAGGUCGGAUUUUUACUGGGUUCAAAAAUGGCGGAUGGUUUUUGACUCUCAACAGUCCAACUCCUGCAAUUCUGGUGGUUGUAGGCCUGCACGAUGUUGAAAUAUUUCUCAUCCGCGAACAGGACCUUCUCUCAUCGCUGAGCUGCGGCGCGACGGUUGAGUUUUCAACAUUUUUUGAGCCGUACUUGCUUGCAGUGUUCCGUGAGGCGCUACGCUUUUUGGAGCUUGUAAGACUCGCUCUACGGUACAUUGAUCACCAUUCGUCGAUCCGUUGUUUCCUUGAUGCCGGUCUGCCGGGCAAUUUUCUUCAUGGACACCACCAGAUUUUGCUUCACUCGCUUUCUGAUGAUCUCAAGGUUGGCAGAAGUCUUCAAGAUGCGCUUCCUUCUAAUUCCUGGACACUUACCACCAUGGCCAAGCUCGUUGAGUCGUUUGAUGGCUUUUCGUAUGGCAGGUUUUCCUACACCGACCAAUUUAGCAAUCUUUUACUGUCCUUUUUCUUUCCGUGACAGGUUUAAAAUCGGGGUCCCUCUGUUUGAGACUCGAAACAAACAUGUUUAUUAACCGAUAUGGGUAUGAAAAUUGAGAGGCUAGGACAAAAAAACAUGGAGAAUUUAAUGGUAUGAACAAUAUUUUCCUAAACCUAAAAGUUUUCGCGGCAGGACCCAUGAAAAAAAGUUGCAUUUUUUAUUUGUCACCCUGUAUAUAGUAAAUAUUUUUUUUUGUUUUUUCAGAGAACCGAUAAAAAUGAAGGACGGCGGAAAGUCGUUCGAAAACGACAUAAAGACGGUAAAAUCCACCGAGAGCAAUGACGGCAACAAGACGAAUAUAGACGCUAUCCCGUCCAUUGACGAUCAAAACCAGGAAGAGAAUAACACGGGCGAGAAGACGGCCGAAAUCCGAAGAGAAGCCGCUGAAUUGAAGCCGAGGAAAGUCGUGGUAUGAAUAUGAAUUUUUAUCUAAAAUUUUUGUGGAAAUUUUAGGCCGGGAAGACCAGAAAUGUGAGGGCGAAUCCGGGGGAAUACCCGACCAUGGCAGACGUGGCUUCGGAUUGGGGCUCGGCCAAGGAGAAGAAGACCAAAACAAAGACGAAGGUGAGCAUGUAGAGACGGUUGUUUUAUUUUUGAUUUUUUUGUUUUAAAAAAAAUGCUGGGAAAGGGGGGAAAACCGUAAUAUUAGGGUGGCUAUUUAAUUUUAUUUUCCAAUUUUCGCGACCUGCGCCCAUGGUCCACAAUUUGGAUUUUAUUUUUAAUUUUUCAUUCAUUUUCUAAAAAAAUAUUAGAUGAAAAUUGUAAAAAAAUCGGAAAUGCUAAUAACUUAAAUUCAGUUCGUUAAAGCUCGGGCGCAGCUUGGGAAAUUUUGAAAAAUGUUUUUUUUUGUUUUUUAACGAUUUUAGAUUCGGGCUAACUUACGUUGCUAAUUAAACUUUUAACCUUUUUUAAAAAAAUAUUUCCAAGUUGCGCCCGAGCUUUAAAUAUGAAUUUUGUUUGAAGCCCGGGCGCAGCUUGGGAAAUUAAAAAAAAAUACUUUUUUUGUUUUUUGUUUACGGUUUAAGAUUCGGGAUAGCAUACGUUGUUAAUUAAACUUUUAACUUUUUUAAAAAUUAUUUACAAGCUGCGCCCGAGCCUUAAAUUGAAUUUUUUUUGAAAGCCCGGGCGCAGCUUGGAACUUUUUAAAAUAUUUUUUUUGUUGUUUCUCGAUCAAAAAUCAUAAAUUUAAGGCAGGUGUUACCAACACAUCAAAUUUUUUUUCGAAUUUACCCGAACUGCGCCCGAGCUUUGAUUUUUUUAUUUUUAGUUUUUUGACAUUUUGAGCCUUGAAGCGUUUUUAUUUUGAUUUUUAGUCAAAAUAAAGAUCAAAUUUGCUGAAUUUUUUUCACAAGGAAAGUACUUUUAUGGGGGCUCCUACUUUUUGACGGGACAUACCUCAAAAAAUCAGAAAAAAUGUGCUGAUCAAAGAUAUAUAAAUCCUAGCUGCCCAUUUUGGGUUUUUUGGCAUGUUUUGGCCGUCGAAAGUUUUGAAAUAUUCGCAAGAGGAAAGAAUAAAAGACGAUUUGAAAGGCAGGAAAACCGAUGAGUGAGUGGCGCAGUUGGUUGCGCAGAAGACUGGGGUUGUGCGGAGGGGGGUUCGAGUUCCCUUUUGUGAUUUUUUUUUAUUUUUUGUUUUUUUGCUGUAAAAUAGAAAAUAAAGUUAAAAAACAAUGAUAGAGGCUUUUCAUUUCCCGUUGGCUAUUAAUUAGAAGUCAAAAACGCGACUUAACGUCAUCCCCUACUUCUAACGUCAUCCCAUUCUUACAUUGUUCAAUACAAUACACAAACCGAUCCGCCAUCUCCUGUUCUUCUCUGGUAGCGGCUUUAGCGUCCCCAACACCAUAUUUGUCCAACAAUAUGGACACAACAUUUUGCGGCGAAAAUUCGGACAUUUUAUGACUGCACGUCACAGGGAAAUGAGUGUUUCUUGACACCCUUCCGUGAUUUUUUGGCUUCGUUUAUGUUUUUAAGUCGCGUUUUUGACUUCUAAUUAAUAGCCAACGGGAAAUGAAAAGCCUCUAUCAUUGUUUUUUAACUUUAUUUUGUAUUUUACAGCAAAAAAACAAAAAAUAAAAAAAAAUCACAAAAGGGAACUCGAACCCCCCUCCGCACAAACCCCAGUCUUCUGCGCAACCAACUGCGCCACUCACUCAUCGGUUCCCCUGCCUUUCAAAUCGUCUUUUAUUCUUUCCUCUUGCGAAUUUCAAAACUUUCGACGGCCAAAACAUGCCAAAAAACCCAAAAUGGGCAGCUAGGAUUUAUAUAUCCUUGAUCAGCACAUUUUUUCUGAUUUUUUGAGAUAUGUCCCGUCAAAAAGUAGGAGCCCCCAUAAAAGUACUUUCCUUGUCAGACCGGAACGUCCCCUCAGCAACCAAAAGAAGCGCCAAAGGAAGCGGGCCCACAAAAAGUUGUCAAGAUUGAGGAAAAGGAGGAGAAAGUGGAAGUAAAAGAUGAAAAGAAGGCAGAAACAGCCGUCAAAGGCCAAAAGAGGAAGAGCAAGGGAAGCGAGGAAUUGAAGGACAGCAAAUUGAAAAAGAAGAGCGUAAAAAAGAAGGUGGAAAAAGGAGGAGGAAAAGAAGGAAGAAAAGAAGGAGGAAUCUCCGAAAGCAGAGGAGAAAAAAUCGGAUGCGAAAAGGCCGGAGGAAAAGAAGGAGGAAGCGGAGGAGAAGAAGGAGGACGAUCAGCCCGAUGGGAGUCCUAA